AUGGGCGCUAGCAGGUUUCGAGAAGAAGGAAGGAUUCUCUUUCGGGAGGGAGAAUGGGAGAAGGCAGCAGAGUCUUUCACCAAGGCCAUAGAAGCCUCAUGCAAACUCCCCGUCCUCCUCACAAACCGCGCCCUCUGCAACCAGAAGCUUGAGAGGUGGGAGCUGGUGGAAAAGGAUGCGCGCGAGGCGAUCGAGCAUCCUGAAGGAAGCACGUCGGUGAAGGCUCACUACCUGCUGGGCAAGGCGCUGCUGGAGCAGAAGAAGUUUGGACAGGCCAUGGAGUCGCUCCUGAAGGCAAUGUCGCUGUCCUCCUCCCCAGACUUCAAGUCCUACAGGAGGACGAGAAGGUCACGGCGAGCUGGUUGGGGCUAG